AUGUCGAAGGGUUACACGGUGGUGUCUGUGAUGAAGCAAACACAGGAGACGGUGAUAAACGAGAGCCUCAUUCGGGACUGCAUCUAUCUACCGCCUGCGUGCACCACUGAAGAGGAGCGUCUUCGUUUUGUGGGCGUCCGCGAGGAGAAUCAACGGCAUCAGCGGGUGAAGACGACAAUGGAAACGAUGGAGCUGCAUAAAGUAACAACACUUCUCGCCUCGUACCGACGGAUUGGGAAAAUUGAAAAUCUUGUGGGGUUGUGCAACCUCACAAAGCUGGCGUUGGACAACAACAACAUCAGUGUGGUAUGCAACUUGGGUCACCUGAAAAAAUUGCAAUGGCUCGAUCUCAGUUUCAAUCAGAUAACAGAAAUAUGCGGUUUGGAGGAUCUCGUUGAACUGGAAACCCUCUCUUUAUUCUCUAACAACAUCUCGGUGAUUCAAGGCUUGGAAACACUUAAAAAACUGACCUCUUUGAGUCUCGGAAACAACCGCAUAGAGGCGCUGGAAGACGCGGCUCGGUAUCUUCAUCGACUGGGCAGUCUUCGGAUUUUGACACUGAAGGGUAACCGUGUGGAGAAGCAGCCGCACUACAAGCUCCGUCUUCUUGCAUUUGUUCCGACACUUCAGUUUCUGGAUGGCUGUGUUAUUGACCCCAAUGAGGUUGUCAGUGCGCGUGAGGAACAGCGGGAAAAUUUGAUGCCUGUUGAUGAGGAGGAUGAGCGUGCGGCCGAGGUUGCAAAGGUGGAGCAGGAAUUGGAGAAGGCACGGAAGGAUUAUGAGCGUUUUAACUGCCCUGAUGAGACGAAUUUUUACGAUGAACUCUUCCACCUGGAGUUAGAUGGACGAGGGGUGGUGGAGUUGCUUCGAGUGGACAUUAUAGCCUCGCUUUCGAAGGAGCUGUUGGAAAAAUACCAGAUGGAGUUUACGGAAAAGGCAAGAGAACUCACAGAGGCGAUGAAGGCGAUCCGUACGAGGCGUGAUGAAGACGAGAGCGCGUUUAAUACGGCGUCAGCCCGUUACAGGCAAAAGAAUGCAGAUGCAUGUAAGGCGAUUAUUAAGCAGUUUGAGAAGGAGGUUAAAGCUCAUAUUCCCCGUACCAUGUGGUGCCGCGAAGUUGACACUGGCGCCAUUCCAUCUGAAGUACUUUCGCAACUUCAAAUUCGUCUUCGCGAGGUACGGCACCAACUCUUAGAGAAGGAGGCAGACCAAUAUGAUGCGUUGGAGUCCCUCAACGCCGGAACAAUCGGGAAGUGGAAAGGCGAUGGCAUUGAUGUUAUUCUUCAAACCGCGUUCGAAAAUUUUUUGAAAAUGGAGGCAGACUUUCAGGUUGCUCUCCGGCAGUUGUUUGACUCUGUUUUUGAAAUGCGGCAGAAACAGGAGCAUGCAACAGACUCCUACCAUCUCAUAAAACAGGACGAAAGUAUUAUGGCAAUCAUUGACAACAAGGAAGACUACCAAAAGUUUUUGGGUGACUGGUUUGAACUACGACGAAAGCGUUUGGAAGAGAUGGAACAAAUGUACAUUAGCAAUGAGGAGAAGCUCCUUAGGGAGCGUUCAACCCGGAUUUUGGACGAGGAACAGAGUCGUCAUCGGGCUCGUCUGAAUGAAAUUCAUGAGUUUGUGGAGCAGAUGAAGGGUUUACUGGAGUGUGCAUGGUAA